CGAAGCCACUCCCACCAAAUAGAAACGAAAAACCGAAAGCAAUUUCUGGACGAGAAGAACGAGUGGUCCUCCCGCAUUUAUCUAGAAAUGUGGGUUUUCUUUCUCAAUUUUUAUGGCAUUUUCGUGAAACAGAACAUCCAAGCAUCCGCACAGACAUACUCCACAGAUAUGGGCAAGUCUCGUUGAAACACGCGACGAUAUAUUCUCAUCGUUGGUCUUACGUUUCUGUGCAUUGUUCCUUGACCUUUCCAAGCAAAUUCCCGCUAAGAAAGUUAAGGAUCGUUCAUAAAUUAGUCUAUAUUUAUGCUAUUCCGAAUUAUUUGAUCCGUCCAGAUGAGAUUUCUGGUCACCAGAGCGGUAGGCUGCCACCUUCAUCGCUUGGCCAUCCGACCUUAGCCUUCAUUGUACUAUAUAAUAAUACUUAAAAGGGGUUCCGAAAGCUACAUUAUUCUAUUAAUUAUGUGGGUACGUACUGUUCAGGUACAAAGAAGUUCGUUACGAAGUACCUCCCCAUGCUAACGCUUCGCAGCGAUUACUUGCGACAAUAAGCAAUAACAAUACGGAACAAUAAAUUCGGAUUAAUUAUUUAAUUCAUAAUAUUAAAAUUGUUUAACUAAAUUUGAUAUUGUUAUCGUUAAAUCGCAAUAAUUAUCGAAUUUGUAAAUUCAAAUAACAACAUUCCAUCGUUCGAAUAAAAGAGUGAAUCGAUCGAAAGUUCGGGGAACGUCGAAAAAUCUGCACGGAAAACUAAAAGAGUGGAAAAAUCGAAGAAGAAAUGGAUAAAAAAGAUUCGAGUGACGAAGAUGAUUUUAAUGUCAUAACAAAUGUAAAAUGUGAAAUGUCCUCCGGUAACCAAGAAAUGGAAAUGGGUGCCAUGAAUAAAAAAUUACCUGGGAAACAAGAAAAGUAUGUACUUAAAGAAAAAAGAUGUUCCAAAAAAUCAGUUUCGGAUGAGAAUACAAACAAUUGGAUACUAAAAGCAAUUAAAAAACUUUGUCCAUUUUUAAAUUCCGUGGAUAAAAAUGAAACGUUAAAUACCACAGAAAAUGAUUUAGAUCCAGCAGAAAUAAUAGAAAAAAUUCAAGUUAAAUAUUCCAAAGAUGCAAUCGAAAACUAUAAAUUUAAAAUUCAAAAUAUGGAUAAAAAUACAUUAGAGAAAGAAAUGAAGCAUCUAUUAAAUAAUAAAACGAAGAUCCAAUCGGAUUUACGUACCGUUUACCAGCAGAAAACAGCAGAAAUUAACGAGAAAGAUAAAGAAAUUUAUGAAUUACAACGUAAAUUUCAACUUGCUAACCAAAGAUCUAAACAGAGCUUCGAUGAAUUAAAGAAAGAAAUUGAUUGGCUCUACAUAGUUUGGUAA